GAAAGAAGAUUGGAGAGGUGAGGGUUCGCAGAUCGCCCUCGAGGAGUUUUAUCUCUAGUUCGCACAGUUGCCGACCGACGCCGCCUUUCGUCACCGUUCAACGCCAUGGCCUCACUCUUCGUCUCCGCUCCCCUCAAACCUUCCUUUUUUCCCUCUUCCCCGUCCACUCCAAAGCCCCCUCGAUCUCUCUCUCUCCGCCUCACAUCUCCCUCUCACCUCCCUUUCUCUUUCUCUUGCCGCGGCAGGCCCCGAGCCCUCUCGUCCUCUUCGUCCUUCGAUCUCCAGUUGCCGAUUUCGGCCGCACCGCAGACGCCGGCCUCGGCCACGAGGGGCGCCGAGUCCGACGUCAUGGGCCUGCUGCUGCGCGAGCGGAUUGUCUUCUUGGGGACCAGCAUCGACGAUUUCGUGGCCGACGCCAUCAUUAGCCAGCUCCUCCUCCUUGAUGCCGUGGAUCCAACCAAGGACAUCCGCCUAUUCAUCAACUCCUCCGGUGGCUCCCUAAGUGCUACAAUGGCCAUUUAUGAUGUGGUGCAGCUUGUGAGAGCCGAUGUCUCCACAGUUGCACUUGGCAUUUCAGCAUCUACAGCAUCUAUCAUCCUUGGUGGUGGUACCAAGGGAAAGCGAUUUGCAAUGCCCAACACACGGAUAAUGAUACACCAACCUCUUGGAGGAGCUAGUGGGAAAGCCAUAGAGGUUGAGGUUCAGGCCAAAGAGAUUAUGCAUAGUAAGGACAAUGUUAUAAAAAUUAUCUCAGGUUUUACAGGCCGCACAAUUGAGCAAGUUAAAAAAGAUAUUGAUAGAGAUCGUUACAUGUCACCUAUUGAGGGCGUUGAGUAUGGAAUCAUUGAUGGUGUUAUUGACCGAGACUCUAUAAUUCCUCUUGCACCGGUGCCAGAAAAAGUGAAGUCUAGAUUCGAUUACGAGGAGAUGUAUAAAGAUCCUGAGAAAUUUUUGACACCAGAAAUUCCUGAUGACGAGAUAUACUAAAUGAAAUUACUAGUCUUUGCCUUUUGUUUCGAUCAUGUAAUUUUAGACAUCUGAAACUCCAUCUAUUUGAUCCAUGUUCACAAUUGUCUGGGUAAUAGUCAUUAAGAAAUACGUUCUGUUUCUCCUCUAUUUGAUAACUGUUGUAUGUGAUUUAGAUGGCGACUGAGCCUUUAACUGAUUCCAAGCAUAUGCUUCGAAGGUGGUUCUGAUCUCUUUGAUGAAGUUAGUUGGAAAUUCA